GAUUUUUCUAACCUUAUAUUUUCAUUUGCCAAAAAUAUUUUGAUUAGCUUUUAAAAACUUUAUAAAAAAAGUAUUUUUAGCUGCAAAACUUUGCACAGCGAUGUCGGUAAAAGUGUUUUAAAUCUUUGCAAGUAUUUUAAGAUAUGGCUCUUUGUACAAGUGUAAACAGAAGCUUUCCUGUGCUGAAACUAGGGACUGUAGCAGUGCAUAUACUUCAAAAACAACACAAUUAUGUUAAAUACCAAUCUUUUGAAGAACCUGAGGGUCCCGAGAAUAAAGAAAGUGCCCUGGAUGACUUUACAGAUCGAUUAAUGCAAAGAAAAGUCCACCAAUGGGAAAAUAACAAAAAGAAACUUCUUGCCCAAAGUAAAAAUAAAACUAACAUAGUGCUAAAACCUAAACAGUCGAUUUUUUAUAGUAAGGAACAUAGUAACAUAGAAAAUCUCACUAUAAAUAGGAUUAACUCGCUGUUACAAGAGGCAAUCAGGUUUAACGACAAUGAAAAACUGAUGGACAUUACAAGACAGUGUAUAAAAUACAAUAAAUGUCCCUCAUUAUCACAGCUCUCGCCAGCACUCGCGAUUUGUUCACAGAACGGUGAUAAAGACACUAUAGUUCAGAUUGUUCAACUCUGUGAGAACACAAGACCAGAAAUUUUAGAAGGAAACUCAAAUUUUGAGCAUUACUUAGCUGAAGCGAUUUGGGUUAGAGGAAAUAUAGUGAAAUCUUUAGAAAUGUUUGAAAAAUUGUACAGGGAAAACAAUUUCUUAAGAAUUAAAAUAAGGUGUAUUUUGAAAAAUCUUAUACCUACGAUAAUAACAAACCAAAGCCAAGCUAGCAUAGUAAAAAUAAUUAAAUUUUCCGAACAUUUGGUUGAGAUUUAUGAUGAUUAUUUUCUCCUGCAGUGUAUAUGGCAGGCUUGUUUUUUAAGCGAGUGGUUUGCAGAUCAGCAAAUGGCUUUCGAAAUACUGGAAAACCAUCCGAAUCUAUGGAAAGAAAUAUCAAAUAAAAUGUAUUAUAUAGUAAACGUAUCGCUGAAUAAUCAUCAGACAGAAGUUAUAUACAGAUUGACAGAACUAUUACUUAAGUACGACAUGAAAGAGGAACUACCUGGAGUGGUACUAGCUUUGUUUAAUUAUUUUAUAAAAUUAAGAGACCAUAGAAGAUGUAGAGAGCUGGCAAAAUGGAGUAUUAGUAACGAGAUUAAGCUGCCGAACUUACUGAAGAACCAGAAAUUUUUGCAGUUGACUCAAUCGGUCAAUGAUAACGUCAUGAAAACUAUCAAAGAUUUGAUUCCUGAACAACAUUCAACGAAGUAUAAGUUUUAAACUAAGGUAGGUAAGUUUUAAAAAGAAAGAAUUAUAUCUAAAUCAUUUUAUUAUAAAAAUAUAUCACAGAGAAACAUUUUUAAUAGUACAAAAAUUUUUUUUGGUACUAUUAGUAAGUUUUAUAGAGAUGCAUUCACAGAUGUAUGGUCUCUAUUAUAUUAUUAUUGUCAUUUUUUGUACGAUCUGAGAUAUUAACUCCUGUUUCUGCUUUUUUCUGGAUAUUUUUUGAUUUCUUCUUCACUCUGAUGUACAUUAAUCUGAAAUAUAAACCGGUUAAUAUAUUA